CUUUCCUCUUGGUACGUUUUGACCUCCCAACACUUUCUUAUGUGUACUCAAGGUGUACAUUUUUUUGAUGCAAUGCAAUCCAGGUACUAUAAUUGACUUGAUUCCUUUGGUUACCGUUUUUGAGCUUUUAACGAUAUGAUAAAGUGGCGAACGUUUGGACACUUGUUAUUAUAUCUUUGCCCAAUGUCAUGUCAAAGCAAGCUAUUUUCCGUUCUUUGUACCGACAUAAGAUUUCCAUUUUAGUGGGAAAUUCUAAUCGUGGGCUUUGAUGGUGGUCAAAAACAUUGCUGACCCGACGGAAAAUUCAAAAUGAAAAGAACAACUUGAAAAGAGUCCAAAAGACCGUGGUUAUAAUCCACCCAACCCCUUUGUGGUCUAUUGACUCAACCUCAGGCGCAGCAUCCACUUAUAACUUUUAUCUAUGUGGAUAACGUGUCAAUCCCAAUUUGCAUUUUGAAUGCACCAGUGAAAACCUCGGCUCUCAGCUCUCAGCUCGCAACCCUGUCUGAAUAAAUUAUCGGUGGCCCAUCGAUGAUCCCGCAAACCAGAACUGAAACCAGAGCAAUCUCUAAUAUCAUUUCUAUUAUGCAUCAACCGACUCCAGCUCCAAGGACGAAUCGCGGCUCUCGAUUGACCCUCCUCACCUCUCAAGUGCAGAAUCUUAAGAAGAGCGAGGACAACCACGAGGCAGACCAAACCGGGGUUGUUAAACGAAAACCACUGAUUUGGGCUAACGAUGCGGAUUUCAAUCUCACAGCGCUAAUUGAUUCUGUAGAGAAAGAUAUCCAAAGGUUGGAAAAUAUGGAGUCGCAAAGUUUGAAACGGCGCGAGGCCAACCAAAUGCAUCCCCAUCCUUCGAUUGGACCAUUGGAAUCGCAUCGUGAAUUCCCAUUGACCGAGGAGAUUCUCAGUUUACCCGGGUAUAAGCCAAAAUUGGGUCCAAUGAAAUCCCCUCUACCCAAGCGGUUUUCAGAAAUCACCAACACCUCGACUCCAGUGAUGGGAAAUCCUUGCUUCAAGAGUCUACCCUUCUCUGACCAAGAUGAUCUCGGGUCCAUUCCACCUGUUCUUCCACCGAAACAAAGUCGGCGCCCCCCGUUGCCCGAUUUUCAAAAGUGCCCUCGAUCAAAAGCGAAAGAAGCUCUCCAGUCGACGGAUCUCAAUCUUUUGCACCAAAGACUCCUCCCCAAGCACAACUGUGUGACGAACAUUCUUUACUCGAGAAGGCUGCCAUCUCCACCUAUUUUUCGACGAAACGCCCAAAAUGAAACGAUUGUUGUGUCGCCACGCUCCAAAGAUGACUUGGCCACAAUUGAACUGGCUAGUCACCUCACCAAUCAUCAAGACUCGAGAAAACUUUUUUGUCCGCUCUGCACUCAAACAUUUGGUUACACUUUUGGUUUGGAAUGCCAUUUGUUAUCUAUUCAUUUUAAGGAGCUCCAAGAUUUCAAGAGAAGAGGCUAUAGCUUCCCAAGCCUCCAGAAAUGUCCGGAAUGCAAAGCUCAGUUCCUCAAAAUUAACACUGUCAUCCGCCACUUGGUGUAUCACCAUCCGGAUUAUGUCACAAGCCAGUUGCUAAAUCUCCCAGCUCUUUGCACGGACUUGGAUGAAAGUAACAAGAUGGAUCAAACCAGAUACGUUCAUUGUCGGUUUUGCAAGCAACAGUUCUUGAGACGUCAUCAAAAGUUGUUAAUGAUGCACUUGGAACAGAAGCAUGUCCAAGAUCUGGAGAGCAUUUUAGUUCCUACACUUGUAAAAGGGGCCGACGAGGACAAACCUGUCGAAGUUCGUUUGAUGAUGGCCUCCCCGUCUCGAGGUACCAAAGUCAUUCCUGAUAGACCAUUUGCCCGGGAUCAUCACUUCAUUAGACCAUCUACGGAAACCAACGAUCCACCUCCUCCCCGAAGAUCGUUGCGAUUUAGUAUUCCGGAAACUCAGAAUCACCAUUAUUAUGAUAUCAUUGAAGACUCCCAGUUUGAUCGUUCCAAAGGCAAUGAGGCUUUUGCAAGAGAUGACCUUAAGAAGCGAGAGCGAAGCAGCGAGGAGGAACUCAGUGGAGAAUACGAUUCUUGCCCGUUAAGCAUGGCUACUAUGAACAAAAUGAAACAAGUCAAGAAGAGAUUGAAACGAAUCGACAAUCGGAACACGGAAAAGAGACGAUCUCAAGAGCUUCAAGACUUACUGAAGCUUCAGAAUGAAAAUUCGCCCCCUUGCGAGAUCGCAGUGCUCUCUCGUCAGACAAGUUAUCACAAGCACAGAACCCAAGCUCCCGGACCUCAUCCGAUAUCAGAGCCUACUAUACCCACACCAGCGAACAUUCGGGCACGGAAAAGUUUCCGCAGGUCGGGCGAUUAUAGGCCCCCGCCUAAAUUAGUUAACGCCCUAGCCGAAACAUACAAGAGUAAUCCCCAGCCGGACCCUUUCAAUUCAGACCAAUCUACCAACUCAUUACGAAGUGCUACGGACAUGGGUGGAACUUUUCCCAAGAGUUUGAGCAAUAUUCGGAAAAAGCUUUACAAAUGUAACCUUUGCGAGGUUGCAUUUAUUGAAAAUGCUUUUCUCUUGACUCAUCUCAAGAACAAGCAUAGAUCCACCAUGUCCAAGGCUCUCCGCCCACAAUACAGUUGUGCGGCGUGUCCGGCCAAGUUCUUCAAAAACAGCUUUUUGGUCAAGCAUGUCGAGUCGCAUCAGUUUGAGCUUAUGCCACCCUAAUGGAUGUCUUUGAUAUUCGAUUAUCCCUUGGAAAUUUACUUGUCAAAUUCACUUGUAAUAGUAACAACAAUCACAAUCAAAUGGAACCGUUCCAAAUCAGUAAAGUGGUUAAUAAAGGUCCAAACAAAACGAGUUACUUUUUCUUGUUCUUAAAGUAAUCCUUGACUUGAUCUCUCAUAUCCUGAGGGAUACGGCUCAAGUAGUCUUGGUGUUCCUCGGCAACUGAAGUGGCAAGUGUGCCCCAAUCAUUGACUCGUCCCACGUCCUUAUGAUAUUUAAAUUCGGCUCCAUGGAUAUCCGUGAGUUUUCCUCCCAAGGCAUGCAAAAUGGCUUGGGGUGCGCAUGUGUCCCAUUUUUUGGUUCCAGGACUUGGGAAAACAUAUGCAUGCGCUCGUCCUUCAAUUAGAAGAAGCACUUUGUGUCCGGCCCCACCUACACGAAUCACUUCCGAAGGUUCACAGGCCUGGGUACAGUCAUUAAUGAGCCCGGUGCCAUGAGACCGCGACGUGGUUACGAUGCGGGCAUCCUUGGGUGGAAGCACACGCUCUAUCCCAUGAACUCCAACACCAUCGAUACCAAAUAAAGUACGGCCCUGAGGCAAUUCUGGAUAUUGAUAGUUGUAAAAGGGUUGAUUGAUGACCCCGGCCACCGCCUUGUCCUUCACGGCAAUGCCCACCAACACGGUCACAUGAUCCAAGAACCCUUCAGUGUACUCUUUGGUACCGUCCAAAGGAUCCA